AUGACUCACGAUGGGAUACCAGGAUAUUAUGAUUAUCAUAAAGUGCAUAAUGGACUUGAGAGUUCCAAGGAUUAUAUCGAUGAAUGGACAGUGGAAGUGCCUGGUGGUGAGGAAGUUGCUCAGCUGGUUGCACUUGAACUAGGAUAUGAGUACCUCGGACCGAUACGUUGGUCGGAGCAGCUUUUCACCAUAAAACGCGCCAAACGAUAUCCAUUGGUGGAUACAAGUGAAGAACUGUUAAGAGUAAAGAGAAAAGAAAACUAUAUAAAUAAUAAGAGCGACGGAGAUAGAAACAAGAAAAAUGUUCCCAGUACAUUGUUCAAUGAUGAGCUUUGGGGUUAUGAAUGGUAUUUGCAAGACACCCGAACAUUCACGGAUCUCCCGCGACUUGAUCUUAACGUUCUACCAGUUUAUGACAUGGGGUAUAACGGCUUGGGUGUGCGUAUAUCAAUACUGGACGACGGUAUCGAACACAACCACACUGAUCUGCGAGAUAACUAUGACGAGGAAAUAAGCUGGGAUUGCAAUGAUCAUGAUUCGGAUCCUUUUCCAAGAUUUGACGAACAAAAUAGAAAUUCACAUGGUACCAGAUGUGCAGGAGAAAUAGCGAUGGUUGCAAACAACGGAAAGUGCGGUGUAGGAGUGGCUUGGCGGGCGAAGGUGGGCGGUGUACGGAUGCUUGAUGGACGAAUCACUGAUCGUGUCGAAGGAGAAGCAAUAGGAUAUGCGUGGGAUAAGGUUGAUAUAUACAGUGCAUCAUGGGGUCCCAACGACGAUGGGAAAACAGUUGAGGGACCUGGUAGGCUUGCAGUUGAGGCGUUUAAACGUGGAAUUGAACAGGGUCGAGGUGGAAAGGGGAAUAUAUUUGUUUGGGCAAAUGGUAAUGGAGGUGGUCACGGUGAUAAUUGCAACUGUGAUGGUUACUCAUCAAGUAUUUAUACAAUAUCGAUAGGCAGCGCGUCGCAGCAAGGCCUGUUCCCGUGGUACGGCGAAAUUUGUUCUUCAACUCUUGCCACUGCAUACUCCUCUGGUGCUUAUAAGGAUCAGAAGAUAGCUACAACAGAUACAAAUAAUUCAUGCACUCUUGGUCACACCGGAACAUCGGCUGCCGCUCCAUUGGCAGUAGGAAUUAUAGCUUUAGCACUGCAUGCUAACCCAAAUCUUACUUGGCGAGAUGUUCAACAUUUAAUUGUAUGGACAUCUGAAUACGCACCUUUGUCUCAAAAUAAAGGAUGGCAAGUGAAUGGGGUUGGUUUGCGUUUUGACGUACGAUUUGGAUUUGGCCUCUUAAAUGCGGCCCGCCUUGUAACAGUAGCAUUGAACUGGAUAACAGUCCCAAAGAAGCAAAUAUCUACGUACACAUCUGCCAAUGCCUCCAUCAGCAUCAGUCCAAUACGACCCGUGGAGGUGGAUAUAUAUGUGAACGACAGAAUACACUACUUGGAGCACGUGGAACUUAUAAUUACGAUACAAUACACGAGACGGGGUGCUCUCGAAAUUUACUUGGUGUCCCCGCAAGGUACUAAAGUCCAAGUUCUCAGUCCUCGGCCGAAGGACUCUUCAGAAACCGGUUUCUUUAAAUGGCCUCUAACAUCUGUGGCAACUUGGGGUGAGAACCCUAAUGGAGUUUGGAAGGUCAUCGUGCAAGAUUCGACUAGGGAGCCGAACUAUGGUAUCGUGGAACCAAUGACCCUGGUUAUACAUGGAACAGAACAAAUGCCAAAUCACAUGAAAAACGGCCCCCGUAUUUAUAAAAAUGAUGAUGACAUGAUGAAUAAUGAAAUAAUGAAUGAAGACGACUUGUAUGAUUUCAAUGAAAAUCUUUUCCCGAUACCAGGGAAUCAGGAAUCUUUAGAUUAUGAAACAUCUUUCGAGGGGGAUGAAGAGCUUUUCAGAAUCAAUCAUCACAGCAAAGCCCGUAUCCUUGAUGGUCUCGGUUAUAUUUAAAGGGAUUAUAGAGGCGUAAUUAACAAAGCUUGUGUAUUUUCUUGUGUUUGGUUUUACGCGAGUA